UUCUGGGCAAGAAGGUGAGGGCAACCCCCCACUGGAGUCUGGGUACCGCGCUCGUGACGAUUGAGCUGUGCUUGAGGGGACUACUAAGUCAAAAAUGGCGACGAGACGCGUCCGGAUGUUGCGACAGUCGACAUACCCGCAGCCACCCACGGAAAGUGGAGGCGGAUGGGAGGUAUCGCUCCCAUCAAGCUACAUGAUCCAAGGAUUGGACAUCGAAUGGAGGGUCGUGACCCUGGAAAGAGGUCAGGCGUUCAUGAUGGUGGAAUGUUUGUGGGAUGCGACAGAAGAAGAGUUUGAUGAUCAGCAGAGCAGGGGAAGCCAGGGUACGAAUGGGAGCGAGGAACGAAACGAGGGAUCAGUGAAGGAUCGAGAGUCAGCCAAACCGGAAGGAAUCCGAAAAGAUGGAAAAGACAAUUCAACGGGAGAAAGUUCCGGGAAAGCUGGGGGUGGCAAAAGGGGACCUCAGGAAAACAGGGAAGGGGGAAACGAUGUGAAAACAAGCCCUCGGAACUCAGCAGGAACCACCCCUAAAAAGACGAAAGUCUCGGAUACCCGUCGUAAACUGGCUGAGAUAGAAAAGCGGACUGCAAAAUUUAAGGCAAGGCUUAUCGAGCAGAUGAUGGCCGGGGAUGAGGAGGACCCCCAGGGCACAGGGUCACGAGAGGGGCGAAGGACCAGUCAGGACGAGGCCAGGUAUGAAGGAAAGGAUAAUAGCCACAAGGGAACGCCUAGCAAGAAGGGGAAGGACAAAGAUGACCCCCCGGCGGAAGGAACGGAAAACGUUAUGACCCCACCCGCCAUCGACAACGGCACUAGUAGACUGCCCGCCACGCCGAAAGUAAAAGGGGCGUGUGACGGGCUCUGGAGCCUUAUGGAAAGAGUGUUAGGAUGGUUCGACCCAGAAGGAACGCCGAAAAGCAGGGAGAAGCAGAGGGAAAGCAAGGAAGGGGAAGGGACUAGUGCAGCCGGAGAAGCGGGUGGCUCCGAGAGGGUAGUCGCCACCCUCACCAGGACACUAAACAAGAACCAAGGGUAUCUCGCAGAUGCAAAGAAGAAACUCACGUUCGAUGGGGCCAACAUUACGAAGUUUCUAAUAGACUAUGAGAACCUAGCAGCCUUACUGAAAUGGACGGAAGAGGAAAAGAUGGAGCACCUAGGGCAGCACAUGUCGCUAAGCUUGGGAAGGGACAUUAUGGCCAUCGUCGCCUCCAGUGGAUCCUGGAAAGAGACCAGGAAUGAGAUGAUGAGGAAAUACCUGAAGGCAGAGAAAAUGGCAACAGAGGCCGAAUUAGCCGCAAUCCAGAAGAAAAACUAUGCGACUUACAACGAUUUCCUAAGGGCAUUCAAGUUAGUGGCUCUGCGAAUUCCCAGGGUAACGGACCGCAUAGUGAGUAAAUACUUCCUCAGGCAGUUCUCCGAGUUUGAUAAAGAUAAGAUUUUGUCGGCAUACCAACAGACCAGUAAAUUCGAAUACACGAGAGAUGUGGACUUCAGCACCGUAACAGAUCUUGUGGAAAAGGCAGUGGUCACCAAGAUGCUAGCCCUGCUUAAGGAAGGAGAGGUCAUAGACCUGACCGGGAAGACGGGUGAUAAGGUCAAGAAGGGGAUGGAGAGCCCGCACGAACGGGUGCACGGGGUUGAGAGCAAGAUGGACAGAAUGGAAAAUGCGUUGAAGCCCAAUAAGACGCUCAGGUGGAUCCAGGACCUGCAGAAGCUCAAUGCGGUAACAAUUAGGGACGCAGACUCACUCCCACAGGUCGACUUGUUGGCAGAAUCUCAUGCGGGGCGGAGCAUUUACUCCCUGGUAGACUUGUACUCAGGAUAUGAUCAGUUGCCGCUCAAUGCGAAGGAUAGACCGUACACCGCAAUGCACACCCCCGUAGGACAGCUGCAAAUACAAGUGACCCCUAUGGGCUUCACAAAUGCGGUACUAGAGGCUCAGAGGAGGAUGCUCGUCGUCGCAGGGGAUAUGUUUCCGGAAAAGUGUGAACCUUACAUAGAUGAUAAUCCCGUGAAAGGCGCAAGAUACAAGGAUGAGACGGAGGUACAACCGGGAGUGCGGAAGUUCGUCUGGGACCACUUGCAGGAUAUUAAGGACUUACCCCAGCGAUUCCUAGUCUACAACAUUACUGCAAGCGGACCCAAGAGAAUCCUAGCCGUCCCAGAAGUAACCAUAAUGGGAUUUCGUUGUGGAGCUUAUGGAAGGAGACCCGAUCCAGCAAAGAUUGAUAAGAUCUCCCAGUGGCCAACACCCCUGCGCACCACAACGGAAGUACGAGCCUUCCUAGGGGUGGUGGGGUUCUUGAGGAUCUUCAUGAAAGGAUUCGCAAAGAUAGCAGAGCCUAUCCACGCAAUGAUUAGGGAAGGUGGCACUAUGGAUUGGACCGAGGAUAGGGAAGCGGCGGCCCAAACUCUGAAAGACAUCCUGUCGUCCGACCAGGUCACUCUAGUAGCGCCCUGUUUCAAUGACGAGGUAGGACGACCCUUCAUCCUAGAGACAGACGGGGGACCGCUGGCAGUUGGAGGAGUAUUGAUACAUAGAAGUGAGGAGGACAAAGAAAGACCAAUCAGAUUUGAAAGUAGAACCCUGAAUUCGGCAGAACGGUGGUACUCGCAGUUCAAGAAGGAGGUCUUAGCAAUCCUACAUUGCCUUAAGACCUUCCAGGCAUACCUGUUCGGGAGGCGAUUUAUCCUAAGGAUCGAUCCCACCAACGUUGCCGGGGCCCUAAAGAACUACAAGCCUAUAGAUCCGACCGUUGGCAGAUGGAUAGGCUUCCUAUGGCAAUUCGAUUACAAGGUCGAGCAGAUUGCGGGGCUUCGAAACAGGGCAGAUGGGCUGAGCAGGGUAUGUAUCACGCUAGAAGGAAUAGAGGACGCGGAACCAAUUGACGCUUUCCUUGAGUAUGAAGGAGGGACCCUUGUGGUGGAUAAUGAGAUGGCAGAUCCAGCAAUUACAACAGGUCAGUUGCUGAUUCAGACCUUGGAAAAAGGCGCGCCUCCAGUAGUUGCAGAACUCGGGGAAGGACCAGCCACCACGGUCAGGCGUAAAGAGGAGAAGGACUCGUGGGGAGCAGAAGAAGGGGUCAGGGAAGAGAUGAUGGCGAUGGCCGUGGAAGGGGGACGGGACGCCGUAAUGACGUUGGCCGAAACCUGGGCGCAGAAGGAGUGUCAGUACCUAGUCAGCCUCACUCGGGAGGAGCAGGGUACGAAUCAGAACGAACAUGAAUUCUUCCUCAUACAGAUGUAUGAGGGCGUCUUCAAAGAAAUCGGUCUGCUGCUUGUAACAACGGGAUGUAUUCCAGCAGAACUCUAGUUUGGAAGGGAGAUUGAUUUUCCGGUAGAAGAUUUGGUCCCUACCCGGAAUAGGCUAGAUGACAACCCACACUUGACCACGGAAGAGUUAAUCACCGCACGUUGCCAGCAGGUCGCCAGAAAUGAGGAGGCACUGGAAGAAGUGGUCAAUCGUGAGAUGGAUAGUCGAAUGAGGGAUAAAGCAAGAUGGGAUCG